GUCUGUGCUCUGUCAUAAGAAUGUUUAAUGUGUCUUCUUGUGGUCUGCUGCUCGCGUGUCGCUCUGCUCGUCUCGAGUCGUCUGGCGAGGAAAGUAGCCGUUUGAGCGCCGUUGUGUAAGAAACGAGUUCUUGGCAAUAGUGCACGCAAGCGAUGGUUCAAUUCAUCGUCGUAUAAAAUCGGCUGCGGACCACAUAUCAAUAGUGAAAGGCACCAUCACCAUUCACCAUGUCGCUGACAGAAGAAGGACGUGCGCAUUCCGCGUCCGUGGACGACUACAUGCCCUCGUUCCCACCUGGGCCGCUGGAUAAAUACAGGCACCUGGCCUCGUUCGACUGGCGAAAGAUGAAAGUCGCCAUAGAAGGCGAAGAUAUCAUACGCUUCAAGGCAAAAGUUUUCAAGACACUGGAGAAUGACCCCCUGUUUGCGCGCCAACCGUACGACAACAUUACCCUGGAGGAGCAUCGCCACCUGUGCUUCCGGAGAAUGAAGCGUGUCUUCGAGUACCAGUUCUACACCCAGGAAGAGUUCUUUCAGAAUCCUUUCCUGUCGUCCGCCUGCAACAAUUGUAUCGGUGCCUACGACUGGUCCUUGGCUGUCAAGAAAGUUCUUUGUUUCGAUAUGUUUAUAGGAGCAGUGAGGGGGCUUGGAACAAAGCGCCACAUGCAAAUCUUUGAAGAAAUGCUCAAGUUCGAGGCUGCAGGAUGCUUUGCUCUGACGGAGCUCAGUCAUGGAACCAACACUCGUGGAAUGAGAACGCAGGCAGUCUAUGAUCCAAGCACACAGGAGUUUGUCUUGGACACACCGGACAUUGAGGCCAUCAAGGUGUGGUCCGGCAACAUGGGACAGACCGCCACUGACGCCAUCCUGUUUGCCCAAUUGUACACCCCCGACGAGAAAUGCCACGGGCUGCAUGCCUUCGUGGUUCCCAUCAGGAACCGCAAGACGCUCCUGCCUUUCCCGGGUGUCAUGGUCGGAGACAUGGGACCCAAGCUCGGUCUGAAUGGCAUUGACAACGGGUUUCUUUCCUUCCACAAGUACCGGGUGCCCCGAGAAAACCUCCUGAACAGGACUGCUGACGUGACUCCGGAGGGCAGCUACGUCACCCCCGUCAAAGACCCCAAGAAGAGGUUUGGCAUGACCCUGGGCUCUCUGUCCAUGGGACGCGUGGCUAUUGUGGGCAUCUGCACCACCAACCUCAUCAAAGGCAUCGUCAUCUCCAUCCGCUACUCUGCCGUGCGCAGGCAGUUCGGCCCGGAAAACCAGGAGGAACUGCCCGUCAUCGAGUACCAGCUCCAGCAAUGGCGGCUCAUACCUUUCCUUGCUGCGGCAUAUGUGAUGAAUUAUUACUCGGCCAUACUCUACAAGGAUUUUGUGAGCUUCCACAUUGCUGUCAUGUUUGGUGAGAAGUCACCGGAGGUGUCCGAGCAAGGGGUGGAGCUGCACAUCCUGUCCUGUGCGGCCAAGUGCAAGGCCGGCUGGCUGGCCAGGGAUGCUAUACAGGAGAGCCGGGAGGCCUGUGGGGGCCAUGGCUACUUGAAAGUGUCUGGACUGGGAGACCUACGCAACGACAACGAUGCCAACUGCACGUACGAGGGGGACAACAACGUGUUGCUGCAGCAGACGAGCAACGUGCUAGUGACCAUGCUGCAGAGCAGCAAGGCGGGCCAGCCCCUGCCGGCCUCUAUGACCACUGUACAGUUCAUCAACGACAUGGACGCCAUCCUGGGGGGUGUUCUCACAGCCACAACGGUCCAGGAGAUGAUGGACAUCAACGUGGUCCUUGCUGCCUACAAGUGGUUAGUCUGCUACCUGCUGAAACUCAGUGAAGAGAAGUAUUCAACUCUUCUGUCACAAGGCCAAGACCAGUUUUCUGCAAAAAACGAUGCACAGGCCUUCUGCUUGAGAGAAUUGGCCCUUACAUACAUUGAGCAUACCAUCAUAGAGAAGUUUCAAAACUUCAUCAGUGACCUGAGGGAUCCACAACUCGUGAAUGUCCUUCAGCGGCUAAACACUCUGUUCGGGCUAUGGAGUCUGGAGAAGCGCCUUGGUGACCUCUAUGGAGGUGGCUACUGUUCUGGAGAGGCUGCCAAGCAUCUGAUAAGGGAAGGAAUCCUCUGCCUGUGCCAUGACCUUAAGGAUGACGCAGUUGCCCUGGUGGACGUUCUUGCUCCCCCAGACAUUGCCCUCAAUUCCAUCCUUGGCUGCUCCGACGGACAGGUCUACAAGAAGCUGUACCAGUCGUUCCUUCACUCUCCAGGGAGCGUGCAGAGAGCUCCUUGGUGGAAAGAGUUCCUGGACAAGCCAGUCAUGGGUUCCCUCCUGGCAAAGCUCUGAGCCUGCUGGGACAUUGCAACAACUCGAACCCAACCUACAAACAAUUCAUUUAAUUAUGUGCAUGUGCAAGUCUGAACCUUUAGAAGAUUUUGGAUGAAGCAUAUGGUCCCACUUGGGAGUUUUUAAGAUAUGUAUACACAUGUUUUAUGUUAUGGCUUUCUACACCAUCUUUUAGGACCUUUUCUCUUUUAUUUUUUUUUUUAAACUUGGCUAUUGAAUAUGCCUUGUUUUAUACCUUUUCAUCUAUUGUAGUCACAAUGCCCAAACUGGGAAUAAAGUUGUUGGGAUUUUUGUA